AUGGACAACCUAUCAUCAGAGACGGAAAGACAAGACUUGGCAAGAGACGGAAUUUCGUCCACCGGCAAAAGAAAUCUGACACUCAUCGAUAUGCCGCCAGAGAUACUCUCACGGAUCUGCGAGUUCCUCCUCCCUGACCGAUUCCUUGACCGAGCUCGAAAGUUGGAACACCAAUUCGAGACAGUCGAGGGCGAAUUUGGCUGGAGCGAGAGCCUCCCGAGGUGUUAUUAUUCCCUCCGAAAACCCUUUCGCGACAGUGACCUUGAUCUUGACUACGAUCCAUCUUACGAUCGUGUCCCUGAUCUUGACCACAGGUUACGGCAUUCUGAUGAGAACUCGACAAGGUGGGUGAAAUACGUCCGCAGCAAAUACAUUCAGCGGUCAUGCAUGGUUAACGACAUGGCCAACUUUGCAAGAACCUGCAAGUGGGUAUCGAAUGCGGCUCGGGACAUUGUCCGAACUCACCACUUUUUGCUCACCAUUGCCCAUGAGGAGGUUGCGUUUGAGGGAGUCCGCUGUUCUGAGCCAUAUUCGUUAUGGACGAGCGUCUUCAUCUCGAGGCGGUAUAUCACCGUGAAUGAUGACGAAGAUGAAGAGCGCAUCAUCUUCGAGAUCCCGAAGGCCCAACUUCCUCGUAAUGCCGCCUUCAAAAAUCUAACCAACAUGGUCUCGAAGAUCAACCAUCUCACCAUCACCAUUGAUCUGGAUCUAUCGGUCUUUUGCACAUUAUUUAAAAAUCUCCAUCGCUGGGCGUGGGCAUCCACAGACGGUACCCGAAGUCCGAAGUCAAAGUUGUAUUGUCAGAAUAUUGGCGACUUCUUAUGCGCCAACUCCAAGAGGCUGAUCAACUUCUCAUCUUUGCAAAUCAUAAUUAAAAUCAGCCUCAAAGAACUGAUGGAAAUAAUAAACUUGUUCGCUGAGCGCAAUGCUCCGACCUAUGAUCCGCCGUUCCGCGACCUGGGCCGGUUUACCCUUACUGGCGGCAGAACCAAAGCGAUCUCAGGCAACAUCUUUCCAGCCAUCCAAGACAUUACAAAUCCUAUCAUAGGUCCUUUGAUGCGUAUGAAUAUGAAGCUGAUGAUAGAUGGAAGCCACGAAAGCAACAAGUGGAAUAGAACAGAGACGAUGAUAGACAAACUGGGCUCAACGCUUUCGAUCGAGUUCGGCGGAUUCGAGGCGUUUUGUGCGAUGUUGCAGAGCGAGCUUUUGGGAGAGAGUACACCCAAGGCACAGAAUGACAUCGACAGCGAUGCAAGACUGUGUCAGAUGGGCCUUCCCACCUCGGCCAGAUCACCACUGAGCAAGUGAUCAAUCAGAUAGACAGCGAUGAGACGAAAAAUGAGACGAACAAACCCCAACACGC